CCUCGAGGCACCGAGACGUCCAACGAAAAAUACAUUCAUUUUCCCCGCAUAUUUUGUUUCAAAAAUCGAAAAAUUCUAUUUUUUCCGCGGAAUUGCUGCUAAAACUGUGUUUUGUUUUGACAACUUUUGGUCACCGUGUUCUUUUUUUUCCCUCGAUCGGUCAACGUGAACAUUGAAAAAAAAAAAACAAGCACUAAUAACCACGUGUCAACGGAAAGCCGACGAAACGAUGUUAAAAAUUUCGUGAAAGAGGGACAUCCACGAUGGAUCAUAAUUUGAAAUAAUUCACGAGCCAUUUCAUCGGUUGGUGUCAUUUCGCUGUCAAAAUGUCUCUCAUCAAUAAUGUUACGAUUCGUACUCAUGAUUCUACUGUUGUCACUGCGCGGCACGAGUUCGAGAAUCAUCGUCGAAAAAAGAGUGAGGGAAUUGGUGCGGGCAUGGGCACCUCUUGUUUGGCUCGCUCCAGGCGAGAAAUUCUUGCCCCUCGGUGUGCCGGAGUUUCUCGAUAACGUUAAAGCGGGAAAUAAUCAUCUGCACACGCGUAUUGACGUGGAGCUGCUUUUACGAAAUGAAUCGUCGUUCAUCUACGGCAAAGAGCCAGCGGAAAAUGUACCAAUUUACGCGUUAGUGAAGGACUGCACGACGGUGGAUAAGAUGAAAAAAGUGUCUCCGUCCUCGUUCGGUGGAACGAACGAGAUUCUGGAACGCGAGGACGGCGGAAGGAGGCGACGGAGAAUAAUCAGAAGCAAAAGGAUCAUCGAUCCGAGGCGGCCGGAUCCACGGCGAAGAUUCUUCGCCGUUGGACAGGAUAAAAAUAAAUUAAGGUUGAACGAUGACCUCGCGAUCCUUCCCUAUGAGAACACGGUGAGGAAUGAUCUUUCGGGAAACGAGGUCGUCACGAUGAGAGCUGACACGAUUCGGGACGGGAAUUCGAUCCCCGUCACGGAUAACAGGUUCAGGAAACUGCACUUUCACGUGACCUAUUGGAUGUUCUAUCCAUUCAGCGAGGGAAAGGCGGUUUGCGUUCUGGAUCUUGGAUUUUUCGGUAGCUGGCCAAUACCGAGGGUGGGGGGUGUUUGCUUCGGAAGUCUCAAGGAAUACGGCAAUCACGUGGGCGAUUGGGAACACAUGAGCCUUUACUUUCAGGGUGACGAUUAUCCAUCCUCGAUGUACGUUUCCGCACACGACGCAGGCGCAUUUUAUCGUUACGAAAAGCGAAGCGGUACUUUCGUGUACGAGCGUCAAGAAACGAGGGAAGGAAUAUUCCAGAAGCCAAUAUUUCCAGAGCGAGUGUUCACGUCGAUGGGGAAACAUCCGGUUCUGUUCAGCGCUCGUGGAUCCCACGGCUUAUGGACAGCACCGGGAAAACACAAAUUUGUACGACUGCCACGCUUGUACGACGAGAGUGGUUUUGGUAUCGCUUGGCAAACUUGGAAGAGAAUCGAACUGCUGCCAGCUGAGCUCGAUGAAACGUCGCCAGGGUGGAUGAGCUUUCGUGGCAAGUGGGGCAACCCGAGAAGCAAUUGCCAUCCUUUGGUCAAACUUGGCUUCAAUAUUUGUGAGUUUGUCGAUGGCCCUACCGGAAUUCCAACGAAAAAGGGACGAUUUCAAUGUUGACGUUGAAAAUUUGUUCAUUUUACGGUGCCUAAAAUUCUCGCUUUUUUAAAUCAAUCCCAACGACUCUGUAGCAAAACUUAUUCGACAUUGAGAUCUGCUUCAUCCGCUUCUCGCUCGUUUUCUCAUAGAGAAAAAACAUGACGAAUUUUCGAGAAACUGUUCUGCUUCGCGAAAUGCUCGUUCGAAGGAAUUUUAGUCAAAUUAUUGUCGCGAUUGUUGAGCUGCGAGACGAAUAUCUCUUAUCGUUAUUUAUGUAACAAUAAAAUUUCAAGGACCGAGUGAUAAGACUCGGUCGAAUAUUUAUGAGUAACAGAA